AUCGCUCGAACCGUCGCUGUUUGUAGAAAAAUCCAAGAAUCCAAUCUACUCAUCCAUACCCUCGAAAUCACUCUCCUCCAGUCGAACCCCGUUGAGAAUCUUGCCCAUGUGCGUCUUCUCGACUCCUUCACCCUUCUGUCUAACCUUCAUCAGCAGCGCUCUGAGGAAAGGAACGGGUGUGCUUCUGAACCCCCAUUUUCCAGUGGGAGGUGUGAUGAAUCCGUCCGCAGAUACUUCAUGACCAUGCAGAGCCUGGGUUUUAAGAAGCCCAAGAAGAUCGCACAGGAGGUGGUAGUCGGCAUAAGAGCGAAGAUACAGACUGCCUGCGAAGAGGUUCAGCUGCAUUCGAAGGCUAUCGCUGACCGAGCUGGCAUCGAAGUUGCGUCCAGUAUUAUAGAGUUCCAGACGAUCAAGGGAGGGAUACCGAGGACUAAGACGGGGUGCGAACAGAUGAAGCGUUACCUUGGAAAACUUUCGAAUGACCGGGAGAAGCUUGUUGGCUUCGAAAGGGCUGAUGAUCACGAGUUUCGAGACGCUGUGCCUGCUUGA